UGAAAAUAAAUAGGUUUCGUGCAGCGUUAUAGCGUCUCACAAAGCGAAAUUGAUGUUUGCCAACAUGACAGAGGGGGAAAUGAUGUUCUAACUACUGACCCUGAUGAUACAACAUGCACAUCAGAUUCAACAGUGAAAGUUUGCCAACUGUUCCCGGGGACGGUGCUCUGAUAACCGGUCAAAGAAUUCAAAGAGGGUAUCACAUGCAAAAGGCAGGCACCGUGGCAUAUAAAGCAGGGAUUUUAUCUCAACGCCGCGUUUUCAAAAUGAAGCGGAGACAGAAGCGAGUACUGCAGUUUACCUUUUUAUUUAUGGUUGCAUUGAUUUUCUUGCCAAACAUUGGUUUAUGGUCCUUAUACAAAGAGAAACGUCAGACGAAGACACCGGAGGCAGGAGAGCAGGGAUUUUCAUUUGGCCCAAGUGAAGGACACAUUUCCACUUGGACAGAUGGUUUGAGAAGAAGGGACUGGCAUGAUAAUGAAAGCAUCAGGAAAGAGGAAAUGCGCGUGGGUAAGGGUGAACAUGGGAAGCCAUACCCACUUGCUGAAGAUGAAUGUGACGACUCUGCAUACAAGGAAAACGGAUUCAACAUCUACGUCAGCAACAACAUUGCCCUGGACCGUUCCCUCCCAGACAUAAGGCAUCCAAACUGCAAGCACAAGCUUUAUUUGGAAAACUUGCCCAACACAAGUAUCAUCAUUCCCUUUCACAACGAGGGUUGGUCUUCGCUACUGAGGACAAUACACAGCAUCGUCAACCGAACGCCUGAUCAUCUCAUUGCGGAGAUCAUCCUUGUGGACGACUUCAGUGACAGAGAACAUCUGAAAGCACGUCUGGAGGAAUAUAUGGCGAGGUUUCCAAAGGUGAGGAUUGUUAGGACUAAGAAGAGAGAGGGGCUUAUUCGCACCCGCCUGUUGGGAGCCACGGUAGCCAAAGGAGAAGUCUUGACCUUCCUGGAUUCUCACUGUGAGACCAAUGUAAAUUGGCUGCCACCUCUGCUUGACCAGAUCGCCCAGAACUCCAAGACCAUCGUGUGCCCCAUGAUCGACGUCAUCGACCACAACCACUUCGGGUACGAGGCACAGGCCGGGGACGCCAUGAGGGGCGCCUUCGACUGGGAGAUGUACUACAAGCGCAUCCCCAUCCCCCCCGAGCUGCAGCACGCCGACCCCAGUGACCCCUACGAAUCACCAGUAAUGGCAGGGGGCCUCUUUGCAGUCAAUCGGCAGUGGUUCUGGGAGCUGGGAGGCUAUGACACAGGGCUGGAAAUCUGGGGAGGAGAGCAGUAUGAAAUCUCCUUCAAGGUUUGGAUGUGUGGAGGCAGCAUGUAUGACGUGCCUUGUUCCAGAGUUGGUCAUAUCUACAGGAAGUAUGUCCCCUACAAAGUACCAUCUGGGACCAGCUUAGCAAGAAACCUGAAGCGCGUGGCGGAGACGUGGAUGGAUGAGUACACCGAGUUCAUCUAUCAGCGCCGCCCCGAGUACCGCCACCUCUCCACGGGAGACCUGACCGCCCAGAAGGAGCUGCGGAAGCACCUCAAGUGUAAAGACUUCAAGUGGUACAUGAGCGCGGUGGCCUGGGACCUGCCCAAAUACUACCCUCCAGUGGAGCCCCUGCCCGCCGCCUGGGGAGAGAUCCGGAAUGCAGCCUCUGGCCUGUGUAUAGACAGCAAGCAUGGGGCCACAGGAACAGAGCUCAGGCUCGAUGCUUGUUUGAAGGAGGGCGCAGAGCGUACGUGGGCACAUGAGCAGGUCUUCACAUUUGGAUGGAGGGAGGACAUAAGGCCAGGGGACCCCCUUCACACCAGGAAAUUCUGCUUUGAUGCCAUCUCUCAAAGCAGCCCUGUGACACUGUAUGACUGCCAUGGCAUGAAAGGGAACCAGCACUGGCGCUACAGGAAGGAUAAAUCUCUCUACCACCUUGUGAGCAGCAGCUGCGUGGACUGCAGCCCGGGCGAUAAGAAGAUUUUCAUGAACAAGUGCAACCCCCAGUCUGAGACACAGCAGUGGCUGUUCCAGCACAUGAAUGCUACCAUCCUGGACAAAUUCAACAGCGCUGCCAACUCCUAGGAUCGCCCAGCACUCAAC